CCCCCCCCGCUUCUUUCUGCCUGCGCUGGAAACGUAAAAGGAAAGACAGUGGAAAAAUACUCUGGUUGAGUAAGGGGAGGGGGGGAGAGAAAAACAGCCCACAAGAAAGCGGAGCAUCGAAACAGAUGAACUACAAAUGAGAAAGAAAAAAAAGAUGGAAUUGCACAUUUUAGAGCACCGCUUAAAAGUAGCGAGUAUAGCGAAAGAGAGCAUCCAAUUGUUUACCUAUGGACUGAUCAAACUGGCGUUCCUCUCCUCCAAGACCAGAGGGUAUCUGUCCAGAUCAGAGAGCUACCUUGUUGUAAGCAGCUGGAAGUACCUGGCCAGCCAGGGCUCAGAAGCUAAGCAGGAUCAAGCCUGGUGCAAAUUUUUCAGUCUGACUGAGACACCUGAAGACUACACAGUCAUAGUGGAUGAAGAAGGCUUUCUAGAGCUCCCUUCAUCAGAACACUUGAGCGUAGCAGAUGCAACAUGGCUGGCCCUCAACGUGGUCUCAGGAGGAGGUGGCUUCUCCGGCUCUCAGCCCAUUGGUGUAACCAAAAUUGCCAAAUCAGUCAUAGCUCCACUAGCCAAUCAGAAUAUCUCGGUGUUUAUGCUCUCCACCUAUCAGACAGACUUUAUUCUGGUACGCGAGAGGGACCUGGCCUUUGUCAUGCACACCCUGGCUUCUGAGUUCACCAUCCUCAGGGUCGUGAAUGGGGAGACCGUGGCAGCCGAUAACCUUGGGAUAACCAAUGGAUUUAUGAAACCAAAACUGGUUCAGAGGCCUGUCAUCCACCCCCUUUCCAGUCCGAGUAACAUGUUCUGUGUCACCAGCUUGGACCCUGAUACCCUUCCCUCUGUUGCUACACUCCUUAUGGAUGUCAUGUUUUACUCCAAUGGAGUAAAAGAUUUAGUGGCAGGUAAUGAAGAUUCUGAACACAUUCGUUUUUUCUCAUUUUCUCUCAUUGAGGGAUACAUUUCUUUGGUGAUGGAUGUACAGACGCAGAAAAGAUUUCCUAAUAAUCUGUUGUUUACAAGCGCAUCAGGAGAACUCUGGAAGAUGGUUCGCAUCGGAGGGCAACCUCUCGGCUUUGAUGAGUGUGGAAUUGUGGCCCAGAUCUCUGAGCCGUUGGCUGCCGCAGACGUCCCUGCCUAUUACAUCAGUACUUUUAAGUUUGAUCACGCGCUGGUACCAGAAGAAAAUAUCAACGGUGUUAUCAAUGCACUCCAAGUCAGUCAACCUGAAAAAUAUUAGGAUUUUUUUCGGAAUGGGACCCAGGUGUAUUUUAUGACAAAGAAUUCUUCUCAGUAUUUCCUUGGAAUGGGGUGGGAGAUUCUUCUUCUUCUUUUUUUUUUUUUACUCCAAAGAGAGCAUGGGAGAAAUAUUGUCAUGCCACGAAGAAGUGAUGAAACAAAAGACUAUUGCAUAGGCAAUUAACUCCCAAUAGCUUUUUACGAAAUAGUAAUAAAAAUAUCUUCAAGGCAGGGAGGAGAUGAAGAAAGAAUCUUUGGGAUUAAAGCACUGUGAAGGUUUUUUGGCAUUCAGCUCUGAAGCGAAAUGUCACUAUUACGCUGUUUGUUUUUUUCCUUUGGUUGGUGUAGUUGGCAUACGCUACGGUCGUAUUCGCACUGAAAAUGGGAAGCUGGAAUUGCCGAUGAUUCCAAUUGAUCAGAAAAAAGCAGCGCGUUCAUGCUCCUUUGGAUCCUCUUGCUAGCCAGAUUGGGUAAUGUACCCAGAAAUGACUGGAACAGGAAGGCUUCACGUAGCAUUUCUCAACCGGGGCUUGUGAAUGUGUUGGACUUCAAUUUUCAUAAUUCCUCAACCAGCGUGGCUUUUCAAGGAGUCAGCCACAAGCUCCUACGGAUACCUUUCGGCCUGUGGCAUUCCUCGUUGGUGUCCAUAAAAUUCAAAACAGCUCUUUAAAGACAUUUCAAUUGCAAUGGCCAAAUCUAGCAAGAUUUCAUAAGAUCUCCUUGAGAGUUCAGGUGACAAUGCCAAAAUCCAUCUCUUUUUCUGUGUGUGUCCCUGCUAUCACGAGUGAUUAGAUCUGUCUCAUCAAAAGGUUGCUGAGCCCUGAUUAAGCUUCAUGCCCAGCCCCGUAUCUCUUGGUUUGUCCCUGCUCUAGCAAAUCCCCAGUCUGGAGUUGAUUUACAAAGCUGGUCUGAUUAGAAGAGCAAGAAGCCAGAGCCCAUGUUUAGAUAUAACACUAAGAUUUUCCACUCUGAUAAGUUUGUGGUUAUGUUAGCCCAGGGGCUCAAACCAUGGCCCCCCAAAGCCUCGGAUGCAGCAUGUAUAGCUCUUCCAAACAUUGCCGCUCACUAAAUUAAGAUUGUUAAUGUGACCAAUAGGGAAACUUGUUUAAUAUGUAGGGAGUAAUCAUGUGAAUGGAACAGAAUUAAGUUCAUUUAAAUUAAACCAAACCAAGUGUACAGUGGUCUUUGUCCUGGCCCUGACUUGCCUCCAAUGAAAAAGGGUGGCUCUUGUCCUCCCAGAUGCUGGCAGCUGUGCUCUGCCAGCUGCUGCUUCCAAGGUAACCCAACCUGGCUGGGCAGUGCCAGGGUGCUGGUCAGCAACCAGAAGCAAGAUUUCUCAGCAAUUCAAUUUUAGCCUUUUGUGCAAAGGUUGGCCAAUAUAUGAGUUUCAGGGAAAGAGAGACAAAAGACUAUGAAUCGAUGGUGGAACAGCAUACUUAUGAGAGGAAAAUGUUGAAUUGCGUUGCUUCCUCUUGAGUAAACCAACCAUUUUAAACUAUAGUCCUACACACAUUAGUUAGUAUGAAAUUCAGGAACACUUCUGGUUGUGCUGUUAAUGGUUCAGCUGAAGAAUGAAAUUGAAUGCUCCAGUUUUUACUGGGAAGGAAGUAGAAGAAAAGAGUAAAACAUCCAUUGAUAGGAAAACAGAGGAAUAGAAAGCUCUGGAUUUGAAACCAAAUCAAAAUGUACUGGGGGACACUAGGUCACACAUGUUAGGACAUCCUUUGGAAAACCAUCUUUAAGAAUAACCUUAAUGUGUUUAAUGCCACAAAUAGAUCUUCAUUAAUGGCAGUCUUCACAAACUCUAUCAAUGGAAAUACCAGGUAAUGUAUAUAACGAAUGAUUUGUGAAUGGCCUUUUAUCCCAAAGUUUUGGCUAAAAUAGUAUCAGUGUGUUAAGAUGACCAUUGACAAAGGUCUGCACAAGCUGGAAGUAGAAUGAAUGUGAAAUACACACGCUGGCUGGUUAAUUUGCAAUUCUGGCUGUUGUGCUGACAUAGACAAUUGGAUUAAUUCAGAAAACCAUGGUUAACUGUACAGCUAGACUGUUCCCUUGUUGCCACAACAGGCUUCCUUCCCUGUUUGACUUUCUUUUACAGAAUCUUGAGUUGAAAGGUAGCUAACGGGCAGAAAACCUCAUACCAGACUCAUCUAUUUGCUCGCUCGCAGAUGAUUUGGGAUUACCCAUGUCAUUUGUGGCUGCCAUUUUGUGGAUGAACACACACCCGGUAGCCAUUUUGUAAUUGCAGCUACCACAUGCUCUCGCAUUCCCAAAUGAUAAAAAAGGUUGCCUAAUCCUGUAUGUCCCAGGCUCCCUUGGAUGUAUGUUUGGGUCUAUCUUGGGACUUCUGUUCCUCUCUGCUUUCCUCCAUAUUAUUAUACGGAAAUAUAACCACAAAAUGAGGAAUGAAAAGGAAGUCUUCUGGAUUCCAAAAAAAACAAAAAAAAAGCAUAUUCCAUCCUGCAUUCUGUUUCUCCACAACAGAGAGGCCUUCAACUGCAAGGAGAUGUCACUGAUGAUAGGAGCUGACUGGCACAUCGAUCAGCAGGGAUAUUUUGCACACUGGAAAAGUUCCAGGGCAGGUCCAAAUGAAAUGAUCCUUCCCUGCUUGAGAUCUUGACAAGCCAGAGAAGACAAGACUGAGCUGCCUGCCCAAGUAGUCUAGCCUAACAUAGAAUUUCUGCAGCAUUUCCUUUGUCUGGGUGAAGGGUGGCUGCUUAAAACUGAGUUCGUUUUGCAUCCGUUUGUUUCUACCUAUUCCAGUAACGGUGCUCUCCAGAUGUGCUGGACUACAGCACCUAUAAUUCUCAACCGGCAUGAUAUGUCUCAUUUUUCACCAGCUUGGGAGGGGGAGGUUUGUGUGCAGGAAGGGGUGCAACAGCGUCUGUAAAAAAUGGGUUACUGGCCCAGGUUACCCAAGGGCUCACCAACCUGGAGCCCUCCAGAUGAUGUGGGUGUUACAACUCUUUCACUUCCCAGCCCCUCUACGAGCAGAAGCCCCAACUCCUUCGGAGACUAUAAAGUUGGAGAAGACUGUCUUACAUCCGGUUCAGCUGCAAGGUGGGGGGAAAGGUACUUUGAUUUUUUGUUUGUGUAAUUCCUCCUUGAGCUAUUGAGGAUUAUUUAAAGGGCUGAGCCCAGGCUGUGGUGUUUUGGAAAUGAAAAAUACAAUUUCUGAAUACUUAGAAAAACCUCCUGUGUCGUUGCAAUUGUAUACCUCUAAGAGCCCUCUGCAGCCUCCCAAUACAUCUUUGGUGCAAAAUUUAAAUAAGUUUUGGUGUCCCCAUCUUUUCUCCCCUCUUUAUGCUCAUGUUGCUUUCUACUAGGUGCAAACAAUAAUCUACUCCAUUUCUGUUCAUGUUUUGGGUACCAAUUGUUGGCAUCAAAAAUCAGGCACAAGAGGAGCUAGCUGCAAGCUGAAGAGGCAAUCUUAAGAUUUGCUGAAACACCCAAAAAUCUUUAAAAUAUAUUCUUAGGGGAAGGGAGGAGGGAGAGAUUCUAAAUGAACUAUCAAAUGAAGUCUGAAUAUGUUUCGCAGCUGCUAACUUAGCAGCCAG